AGGUGGGAAGCCCCAGCCCUGCUGACGCACCUGGCUGGGAUCGUGUCUGGGAGGCGGCAGCUGGAACAGCCCUGCCUUGUGGGCUGCCGGCUUUGUUGAGGUGGGAUCGAUUGCGAAGCAGGAAGUCUGGGCCGCUCCCACCGCCUUGCUCGCGGGAGGCAGGUCCGAGGCCAGGCGCUCGGGGAGUGGAAACAAGGCGCUGCCCUGUCGAGCUGCGGGGUAGAGCACACAGGGCCGGGGAGGAAGAACAGCAAGCAACCAGGACUUUGCACCCUCCAGGAAAGGGUGCUGGAGGCUGGUCCGCGUGAUCGGCCGCACGUGCCAGGGGGAGACUUGGAUCCAGCCGUGUGUCGGGCAGCACCCCCAGUCGGGGUGCCCUCCUAGCCAUGAGUGCUGCAGAGGUGCAGCCCAAAUCCCGGUGCCCAGUUGCAAGGGGGUCCCAGGCGGAGAGUGCGGCGCGGCGCAGCGCCCGCCACCCCCCAGGGAAGAUGCCUAUCCUGAAGCAGCUCGUGUCGAACUCGGCCCACUCCAAGCGCCGCUCGCGCGCGGACCUGACGGCCGAGAUGAUCAGCGCGCCGCUGGGUGACUUCCGCCACACCAUGCACGUCGGCAGGGCUGGGGACGCCUUCGGCGACACCUCCUUCCUCAACAGCAAGGCCGGGGAGCCCGAGCCCCCCGAGGAGCCGGGCGCCUCCAAGCCGGGCCUGCUGUCCCGCCGCUUCCGCAGCAGCAAGCGGUCGCAGUCGGUGACGCGCACGGACCGGCGGGACAUGCUGGGCUCGCUGCGGGACUCGGCGCUGUUCGUGAAGAACGCCGUGUCCCUGCCGCAGCUCAACGAGAAGGAGGCCGACAAGAGCGCCGGGAAGCUGCCCAAAAGCCUCUCGUCCAGCCCGGUCAAGAAGCCCCCCGAGGAGAAGCAGCACCCCAACGGGGCAGCCGCCCGGCCCCAGAGCCCCGGGCUGGACGAGCGGGACUUCGGGGACAUCACCGAGCUGCCCGUCGUGGUGUCCAAGAACAGCACGGGCAUGAAGCAUGCCGAGUCCAUCCUGUCCUUCCACAUCGACCUGGGGCCCUCCAUGCUGGGCGACGUCCUGAGCAUCAUGGACAAGGAUCCGUGGGAGCAGGAGGAAGACUCCGGCGCCGAGGAGCCCCCCUGGGGCACGGGCUCCCCCCAGGCCCUCCGGCUCGGCCAGGAAGGGAAAGCCCUGCCGGAUUCCCCGCUGGCGGCACCGGCUCGCCAGCACGAGAGCAGGGCCGCGGCUUGCAGCCCCGGUUUGUCCAGCAGCCACGUCAGCAGGGACAGCAGCUCGGUUUCCAGCUGCGCUUCGGGGGCGCUGGAGGAAGGCAGCCCGGUCCCUGGCGCCCGCAGCCCGCGGGUCCCCGAGGGCGCCCGGGCUGGGCCCCCGAAACGGCCCGACAGGGAGUUCUCGUUCAUGGAUGAGGAGGACGACGAGAUCCGCGUGUGAAGCAGGCGGCUGGCUUGGGGCGGGGGGGACGGGUCUGGCUUGGGUGCGCACCCGCUCGAACCCGAGAAGGGAUAACCUAAAACGGACCGUAUAGGAACAAGCCGCAGCGGGAAAAACUCGACUCCUCCAGCCCUCUUUCCUUCCCCGCCGUCUCCUCUCCCACAUGCCCCUGUCCCCACGGACAUGCUGGACCUGGCGGCCGCGAGGAGGGGACGGAGCCGUUCCCGGGGGCAAGCAAGGACGGAGGAUCUUCUCCGAGUGCCUCGUUCUGCCGAGCUGUGAGGGUCCUCUCGCCGCUCUGGAGAAGACUGCUGUCCUCUCCCAAGAAGCGACCUCUGGCACGUCCAUCCAGGGGCGAAGACUUUAUUUUCUUUUCCUUUUUAACUGGACUUUCAUAUGAACUGGAUCUACUGCCCGCGUAAAGCAAUAGUCGAAGGACCAAGCUGUAACGUUGCAGGCCCCGUUAGUCGUGUGUGGGUAUAAUUUCCCCCUCUCUGUUUUUAUUGAUCUCUGGUUUGUAUUUGUCAUGUUCGUUUUUUUUCCCCCCCCUUUUUAUAACCGGGGAGGAGAGUGCAGAUGGCACAAACGGGGCAUGGGAAGCCAUGGGGGUACGCAGGACUGUCAAAAACCCCAGGGCCUGAGGCUUCAUUUGGCCAGCACCCCAGGACCCCUCACCACUUGCAGCAGGGGAUGGGGCUGGGGGCUCUGACUCUCUUUUUAUCGUUGCUUGUGGCUGUCGGGAUCCCGGCACGUCUCGCCCUGUGGCUACAGGGGCAGGUCUGAGACGGGAACCCCGGUAGUCUGGGUGAAGAGGUGCACACAUGCCUGGUUUCUUGCUGCCCCCAACACCCCUGCAGCAGUCAAACCCUCCCACCCCUGGUCCCUUUGUGCCUCGGGCCGUGCCUGCUACCUGCGUUCUCGGAGGCAGCUGCACCGCGCGGGGCCGGACCCGGCGGGAAAGGAGCAGGGAUGAUGAUAGUGGGGGGGAAAUAAGGGCUCUGGCUCUUAAGUUUUUUAAAGCACAAGGGGGUGAGUCUGUCUUGCAAGCAAUGGGAGCCUGGCAUGCCGGGGUACAGGGACUGGGGGUGCCCUGCUCCACCCUCCCUGGGCAAAGCCCAACCCUUCUGCCAUGUGGCUGUGACCUUGGCACCCAGACCAGGAAGGCGAGCACCUGCCCCAGGGCAACAACGAACACUAACGAGCCUUUCUAUUUAAUUGUUUCUUUCUCAAACACUAUGCUGGAUCCUUGCCUCCGUGCCCCCUACUUCAAGGACUGAGGCAGGCACUGGUGGGCAGGAGAAGGGGCCCGCGCCCAGGGACUUCCUUGUUUGUUUUUUACCAUGUAGGUCGAACGGAAAGAAUAAAACUCAAUGGUAGUGAC